GGGCUGCAUACAUAUAGUUUGAUUUCACAUCUUCAAUGUAAAGUUUAUUGAUUUCAGGCUGGCAUCUAAACCAUCCUCUGCUAUUGACACAAUGUAAGAGAUGUUCCAUUUGGCACUUAGAAUUAAAAAAAAGAAAAUUUUUUAGAAAACUGAAAAGAUUAGUAAGUGAGCAUCUAUUUUAGGUUCAGCUCUGACUUAAAGGGAAGAAUUACUUGCAAAUGGAAAAGUAGAAGGGAAUUUUCUUUGGAAGUGACUAUAAAAUUCACUAUGAGAAGCUUAGGGGAAAAAUCUUUCAGCAAUUGCAGACCUCUUUAUUGCAGUCCUUGGCCUCUGAAAUAAGGCUAUCCAGGCUAUUAAGUCUGUUAAAGUGCAUGUCCCAUCGUUUCUUAAUGUUGAGAUAGUAUUUUAGUUCAUAAACAAAAAUAAAUGUUAAUGAGGUAUUAUGUAACAGAUAUUUUUUAGUAGCCUGGUAAUCAAAGAUUUGUGAGCAAAAAUAAUGUUACAUGAUUAGGGGAUGUAUGUAAAGAAAUAGCAUAAGAAUGUAACGAUAAGAAUGAAAUAAAUAAUAAAUGUUUAAUUAUUAAGCACUAGGAAAAUAAUCAAUUAAAGGGUUCAACAAGUCUUAAGAAAAGUCAUGAAGUCCAUUACCUUGGUCUGUUAUUUGAUAAGAAAUUAGAACAAAUAACAGAUUUCUGAAGAUAUAUAUUGUGGCCAGCUGCUCCACAAAGUUAAUUCUAGACAGGAAGUAAGAGUGGAAUGAAAGCAUAGGAAGAAUAAUCUUAAUAUAGAUGUGCUAAGGUGCUAAAUCUUAAUAAAAUUCAUCAUAGUAUGAUGGAGGAAUUAAGCACUCCUGUUUUUAUUUAUUUAUUUAAUGUCCCAGAGGGUGAAAAUAGCCAGUAAAGUGACAGAGAUCAUCUGUGUCUUUGUUACUCUGUUCUUUUAUUAUGGUGUAAGAAAUGAUUCUUCUAUAUGAUUGACUCAAAGUUUGCUGAGGAACAAGUCCAGGCAAGUCCUGGGCAAAGGUAGAGAAAUCUUCUGUCUGGAGGACACUGAUGGAUAGGUCCUGGCUAAGGGUUGUGAAAUCCUUUAAGGAGCACAGAUGGACAAGGCCAGGGGCAACAAGAGAGGGAUAAACUGCUGAUAAUGGCCGGGAAAUGGUCUUUUGUGUGGACUUCUCUCGAGGAAGAUGGCCAUCUCAAGAGGUACGCACAUGACUCUUGCUCAAGCACCCAGGAAUGUCACGUAGGCAGGAAAAAAAGGAGGAUAAAAGAGGGUCCAACAACCAUGAGGAGAGGGUUUCUGCCAUCAGAUCCCUCACCACAGACCGUAUGCUGAUGGGCUUCCCUGGGCCUGCUACCUGAGACCUGCUGCUUCCUCCCAGACUUACUCUGUGGCUUCUUCCUGGACCGUCCCAGUACCUGCACCCUCUCGUUGCUCAAGACUGGCCUUGCUGCUCCUGCCCUUCGGCUUCGGACCAUCGGAAUGUCGUGCAACGGGACUGCUGCCGGAUCCUGGUGGUGACUAUCCCCGCUUUACGCAAUUCUUGCUUCUUUCUGUCUUUUCUAUCACUCGCCUUCCCUUUCCCAUCACCCCAAUCUGUAAUAGUGUCCAUCCUCCCCUUUCUUUAUCUCCCUUAUUAACGUUUGUAAUAAACUGGUCAGACCAACAUUUGAACCGUUGUUUCUUAAUCUCACGCCGGGCAUACGUAUUUCAAAGAACCUCUUCUCCCUCCUAUAAAUUGGAGCGAGACAUAUGGGAGUUACUGAACCUGUUAGUUUCAAUUCCAAAUUAAGAUUCAGGAAUAGGUAUUUUAACAACUAAUUUGUAUCUAAAAGUACUCAGAACAGAAACUGUAAAACAACCGAUAUGGUUUGACGUGACAUAUUGGUGAGGAAUCUCAAUCUUCAUUUUAUAGGAAGGAUGACAAACUUAGUAAGGGAAAAACUUCUAGGUACAAUACUGCUUGCUUUCAAUUUUAUUUAUUUAUUUAUUUUACUCUCAUAAGCAAACUGGGGAAGCAUUAGGUGGUGAUAUUAUCAGCAUCAAGUUGGAAAAUUACCUUUACAGGAUAAUUAUCUAUCCUAUCAAGAUGAAAAGGCAUUAAUGAGAUGGAUGAUUGAAGAGAACACAUACUUACAAAAGUAACUUAUGUUACAAAGUUGAAGAGGGAUUGAAAGUUUUUCAUUUUGUUUUUUUUCUUCUUUGAACAUAAGGUCUAAAUCCAAAAUACUCUUGGUGAAUUAGAGAGAAUCUCUGAAGUCAGUGAGAUGAAAUGCAAUGCGGGCGAGUUUGAAGCACUGCAUAUAAAAGGAAAAACUCAGUUACAUGAAUAUAAAUCCGGAGAUAAUUACUCAGUAAAAUGACAGAAAAGGAUCUGAAGAUACUGUAGACCUCAAUUUACAUAUGAGCUAAGCUGCUGAGGGGAAAAAAAAAAAAAAAAUUGGAGGAUAAUACCAGACAUGUUGUAGGAAAUAGAAUAUUGUCUAGUUUGGCAAGUCUGCUAUAUGUAGUUGGUCUUCUCACUUUUUCCUCUUGAGAAAAUGCAGGCAAACUGGAAUUUAUUCUCCAUUGUUGUUAUGUUUUGUUCUGUGUAAUGAAAACCAUCUUUAUUUUUAAUAAGAACAAUUUAUAUUGAAUUUGAGGGGAAAAAAAAAUCACCCUAGUAAUCAUAAUAUAAAUUACUAGAACAGGCAGAAGUUCUAGAUUGUGCUUUCUCUGUAGUUAAGCAUCUGCCUAGGUAUUCCUGAGUCCCCAUCCAUGCAAAGUUAGAAUUAGGCAGUUCUUUCUGAUCCCAUCCAUACUCUUCACGAGUACAGUGAUCAGACUUCAUGUUUUGGUUGGGCAUAAGAGAUUAUGUAAAAUAAUUAAAUCUUAAACUCAUUGAGGUGACCAGGGUGCUACUUCUUUUAUGCUAGAUACUGUUUUAAGUUGGAGCAGAAAGGAACAAAGUUGAGUUUUGACUUAAGUAUAUUUUUAUUUGGCUUCCAUGGAAGUGCUUUAUUAAAUCGUACUUAAAAAAUACUAUGACACCUAUGCAUAUAAUGUGUCUGUCUUUUAAUUCUUAUGCUAGAAAAAUGGGGAAUGAGAUUCCACUAGCAAUGAGACAGUAGGUACCCUUUGAUUACUCAUCCAUAGUGGAAUAGCCCUGAGGAGAAAAAAAUGGCAUUCUAGAGAUUACUUGGAUUUGUGUGUUUCUGCAGGCAAAGUUUACAGACCUGUAAAUUUAAAUGUAGAAUUUUUGUAGGCAUAAUACAUUGACAAAUAUGCCUGCUGGUAAUACAUCUCAUACUGAUAGUCCCAGAACAAGUCAAUAAUAAUGCUUGUAUUGAUAGCAGCAAUGCAGGGGAUGUUACUUGGUAUUAUAGCUAAAAUCCAUGUUAUCUCUUUAAUCAUAAUUACAUUAAUAUUGGCAGGCUGUUGACAAUACUCACAUUACUAUUGAUAGAUUUCUGUCAAUAACAUGUUACCAAAUAAAAUAUAUUCAUUCGUAAUUUGCACAAUGCUCGAUAACAGCAUUAACGUAUACCAGAAAAAAAUCCUGUUUCCUUGGUGAUGUACAAUUUUUUUGCAGUUGUUGUAGAGUGUUGUGCUGUACAAGUAGGAUUGUUGACAGACAAAACAUAGGUUAGUUAAGACAGGAAAGCUCAUAUUACUUUUUUUUCAGAGGGGUCAGUGGGGGUUCAAACUCUUAGUUCUAUUAAGCAAUACCUGUGAUGGUGUAAAAUCAAGAGAGAAAAUUUAAAGUAGUAAUCUUUAGUGUUUUGUCUUAAGAAUUAAACAACAAAUUAAUCACUCACAGGCCUGGUUUUUUUGUUUGUUUGUUUGUUUAUCUUCACCUAAUUUUUGGUUGUUCAAUUCUGAUCAUAUUAGUUAUGAUGGCAUUUAGAUGGCAUUGUGAACUGAGCAUUGAUAUUUGUCUCUAGUUAUUGAAUCUGCAAUUCUGAGUUUUUAAGUUGCAAAUAAUUUAAAAAUAGAGUAAAUAAUAAAAACAGUAAAUCCUGACAAACAGGAUUGCACAGGAGGAAAAUAGCAUCCUUUUGAUCAUCUGUUAAGCUCAGCACAGUAUAGAGUUUAAAUAAAAUGAACUGGUACUUAGAGUCUGUGUUUCUGGUAUUAUGUUUUAGGGGAGAGAACAGAUUUCUCAUUUAUUCAUAUGUACCAGAAUUUGUGAACUCAAUACGAAAUGAAAAAUCUAACAUUUUUGAGAGGAUUUCAUUUAGAUGAAGUAAAAAAAUGAAACAUUUUUUAGUUAUUUUAUAAUUGUUAUCACUUAAAGAAGUGGAUAUUUCUUUAUAUAUUAUAUCUAUUUAAUAGAUAUAGAUACCAAAUAGAAUGAAAAUUCCCUAGAGAACAGGGAUAAAGACAGAAUUCAUGCAUCUUCUCUGAAUAAGUAGUUGCUGCUAUCCAGAUCAAUAGGGCUUUUGAAAAUAUUUUUCAUAGGAUAAUAUGCAAUUUGAAUUUUCCCUUUAAAUGUUUGUGUUUUUGAAGUAAAUAGGUACUGUGUCUCAGGUGGAAAAUCUUCUGUAUAGGUGCAGUAAAAUCUUAAAUCAGUUCUGAAGCAAGUCUGCAGCACAGUACUUCAGCAUGUAUGUAACAAAAGUAUUUUUUGAGAAGAAAUGGCAUCCAGCAUUGGAAAUGAAAAGAGUGUGAAUCCUGUGCUCAGAAUAAGUCAACUUGAUGCUCUUGAACUAAACAAAGCCCUGGAACAACUAGUGUGGUCCCAGUUUACCAGCUGUUUUCAUGGAUUUAAACCAGGGGUGUUGGCUCAUAUUGAACCAGAAGUUAAAGCUUUUCUGUGGCUUUUACUGUGGAGAUUCACCAUCUAUUCUAAGAAUGCAACUGUGGGACAGGCUAUUUUAAAUAUACAGUACAAGAAUAACUUAUCUCAGACAGAGAAAUACCAACCUCUGAGCAAACACCAGAAGUUAUGGUAUCUUAUUUUCACUGUUGGCGGAAGAUGGUUGGAGGAAAGAUGUUACGAUUUAUUUAGCAAUCGCCAACUGCAAUCUGUCAGCAAAAUCAAGCAUUAUAUUAACUUUGGAGCUGGACUUCUUAAACUUUGUGGACUUGUAAAUUUUCUGAUUUUUCUUCAGAAAGGAACAUUUGCAACACUUACUGAACGCAUUCUAGGAAUUAGGUCAGUUUUUUGCAAGCCACAAAGUGUUCGUCAAGUGGGAUUUGAAUACAUGAACAGGGAGCUGUUGUGGCAUGGCUUUGCUGAAUUUCUGAUCUACUUGCUACCACUUAUUAAUGUACAGAAACUGAAACUCAAAAUUUGUUCUUGGUGUUUCCCUAUUGCCAAUCUUCCUAAUAGUGAUAAAACAUUAGCAACCCACUACAAGGUAUGUUCGCUGUGUGGGGAAUGGCCUACCAUGCCACAUACCAUAGGCUGUUCACAUGUUUUUUGUUACUAUUGUAUUAAAAGCAACUAUUUAUUUGAUAUGUAUUUUACCUGUCCUAAGUGUGGCUCAGAGGUACACAGUCUUCAGCCACUGAAAUAUAAAAUUGAAAUGACAGAAUUACAUGUUUAGUAAGGAGGUUGUUCUGUUCUUGUACUGUACAUGAAAUAUAUUAAAGAUGAAUAGAAAAAAUCAGAAAUUACUGUAAACAGCUUGAAAGACAGCUUUGGAAAUUUUUAAAGUCUUUUCUGGUGUUAUUUUUUUACUGAGUAGCAGUGCCAACUUGCAUCUCUGAAGAAGAAAAGGAAGGAGUUCACAAGUUCUACUCUCUCAGACUACUUGAUCCCAGUUUGGUACCCCUGUGUUGUCAGUACUCUUCUUAGAUCCAUGGCCAGGCAAUCUACCACUUCCUAAGUUCAUGCUGUAUUCUUCUUUCAAGGGUAAAUGAGAAGAUACUCAAUCCACUUUGUGGAUUUUCUCAACCUCGUUGUAAAAGCUUCUGCUAUUGCCAACGUAGCUAUAUGGAUUUUGUGCAGAGGUCAUCCUAGUCAAGCCUAAACAAUAGUUUUAUAUCUGAAUAUUUAAAAUUUCAAUUCCUGGUGUAAUGCACCACUGAAAAAGAGCAAGGUAUAAGAUGAAGUUUUACAUCAGAUGAUUAUUAAUAGCAUUCAUCGCAUUCAGUCACCACAACAAGGCAUAUUCUUUUUCUAACUUGUAAUUGCUUUCUUAUAAAUAGAUCAUUACCUUCAAGUGAUCCAUUUGUCAACAGACAAAACAUUAACUUGUGCCCACAGGAGAUACAGCCAUCUCCUGACCAAAGUGCUCCUUCUAGAUCUCCAUGAGAUAACCCAUUUUCUCACCUAUAUGUAUGCCUUUGAUCUUCAGUGAUGCAUGUAUGACCACACCCUGCUUCUUUCCUGUCAAGCUGAGACCCAGUCCAUCAUCUAUUGGAACGUGGAAGCUUCCUGUGGUAACCCACAUUAUUCUUAAUCAGACACUGUGGGGUGGAAAAAAAAAAAAAAAACCACAAAUAAAAACGCUGUUUAAUUACAAGAUGCUGUCUUUGGGAUUUGCAGUUCUUUCUUUGGUGUGGUCAGGCUAGGUGCCAAUCCUCACUAACAGCUAUGUAGCGCACAGAAAAUAAAUCAAGCCCAGAUGCAUGUGUGUAAACAUACCAAAAAGAUAGGUAACUUUUUCUGUUUUGGAGUUACUAUUUGUUGUUUUCGGUGUUGGAUUCAUGAUGUUUUUAUUUCCUUUUUAGGGCUUCAUCCAUUUAGUCACUUUAUGUUUGUUUGUUUUUUUAAAUUUGCAGUCCUGUCUUAACAGAAAUCUUUACCCAGAAGUACGUCAUUAACACAAAAAAACACAUUUUGUCCUGCUUUGGCUCUUAGAAUUUGUAACUGAAGAAGAAAAAUGUUAUUAAUAAAAAUGCUGGAAAACUCUUCAUAUGUUUUGAUUUGAUAGAGAAUUAACAAUUAUUCUGUGUUUUUGAAGGCAUUUAGAUUAAAGGAGUUGCAGAAUGCUGAUUCCCAGUUUCUGCUAACCACCAGUCUGUACUCCGUAUGCUGUAAAAGGGAUCUUGUCUUAAGUAGUGUUAUGGAAGACUUGAAAGCAGGAGUUCCAGUGUUCUGCAAAAGAAAUUAUGGAGUUAGUAUCUGAUUUCUGUAUUGCCUGGAAAUUAUCUAUGUAUUUUUCAAUAAAUGUAAGCUGUUAUGGAGGAGGGUGAUCUGGACAAAAUGGUGAAAAUAAGAUGUUAAGAAAGAUGGAGCAAAUACAAUCCAAACUGAGGGAUAUCCUUAUUUGAGACUGUAAUUACUAUUGAUGUCUGGGAUACGUCAUUCUUACAAAAACCAAGUUAGCAAAUAAAAGACGUUUCUUAAAA